AUGGUUGAAGCCAAUGUUAGUUUAAGAGAUCGCCAAAAGGCGUCCAUUGAGAAAAUGCUCAUGUUCAAUAAAGAGACCUCUUCGGCCGACAUACUAUCAGGACUGAAUGACCAAGAAAUGAUCUGGAAAGUUUUGAUACUUGAUUCAAAAAGCACCGCUAUAAUCUCCUCCGUCAUGCGUGUCAACGACUUAUUGAAGUCAGGAGUGACGAUUCAUAGUUUGAUACACCAGAAGAGGUCACCUCUUCCCGACGUUCCAGCGGUUUAUUUUCUAGAGCCCACUCCCACCAACCUUGACCUUAUUGUUCAAGAUCUGACAGAGGACAAGUAUUCCGAAAUUUAUAUCAAUUUCAGCUCCCAUUUGAGCAGAGAUCUUUUGGAAUACUUUGCGGAGCGCGUAUCCGUUACAGGCAAAGCGGAGAAGGUGAUGCAGGUAUUUGACCAAUACACCAAUUUCAUUGUUACAGAGCCCGAACUGUUCUCCCUUGAAUUAAAUGAGGUCUACCGAACUAUUAACGAUCCCGAAGUCAGCGAAGAAGAAAUUGGUAAAAUCUGCGAUACCGUCGCGGAUGGUAUAUACAACGCGGUACUAACGAUAGGUUCGAUACCAAUUAUAAGAGCUCAGAAAGGUGGACCGGGCGAGCUGGUGGCACAGAAACUCGAGAGCAAGCUGAGAGACUACGUGAUAAACACAAGAAGUAAUGUUGACUCUAUUGAUAACUCCCUUGAUCGCUUUGUUCUCAUCAUUCUUGAUCGAAACAUCGAUAUUGCCUCAAUGUUUGCACACUCCUGGAUUUAUCAAUGUUUGGUAUUUGAUGUAUUUCAACUUUCUAGAAAUACGAUCACGGUGCCUGUGAAUAAAGAAGAUGAGAAUGCGUCCCAGAAGAAGUUAGACAUUGAUCCGAAUGACUUCUUUUGGACAGCAAAUGCACAUCUUCCAUUCCCAGAUGCUGUAGAAAAUGUCGAGAAAGCUUUGGCUGAUUACAAAGCUCAGGUAGAAGAAAUUACGAGAAAAGCGGGCGUCAGUGAGCUAAGUGAGCUUGAUCCCGCUUCGAAUAAUGAUACACUGCUAAUGCAAGAAGCUGUCAGUAAAUUGCCUCAGCUGACUGCAAGAAAAAGUGUCAUAGACACUCAUAUGAGUGUUUUAGCGGCACUUCUCUCUAGGUUGGAAAAUAACGGUCUGGACGCUUUUUUUGAACUUGAACAAAGUCAAGAUUCACCAAAAACGCGUCAACGGUUUCUCGGCACCCUAAAAGACGGUAAAACUAACAAUCUGAGUGAUAAACUUCGGACCUUUUUGAUUCUUUACUUAACAUCAACGACGGGUCUUCCGGCAGACUUUGUAAAAAGGGCGGAGGGCUAUUUCGAAGAAAACAAUUUUGAUAUUAGUGCAUUGAAGCACGUCUACAGGUUACGGGAAAUAAUGAAGCUGUCCACAAUGUCACUGCAAAAUAAGACUUUAGGAGGCUCUGAAUCUCGUGACGCCGCUGCUUCCUCUCAAACGAAUACUUCUAUGUUACUUUCGGGAUUAUCCAAUAAACUUUACGGUUUAACAGAAGGGAAGAUACAGGGAGGUGUCGAUUCCCUGAUCUCUGGAAUCAAAAACUUUUUACCAGAGAAAAAAACAAUUCCUAUUAGCAACGUCGUUGAGGCAAUAAUGGAUCCUCUGAACAGCUCUCAAAAGAAUUUAGAAACCACCGACGAUUAUCUUUAUUUUGAUCCUAAAAUCUUCAGAGGUUCACAUUCAAAAAAGCCUAAAAGGCAAUCCUACAACAAGUCUUUGGUUUUUGUUGUAGGCGGUGGUAACUAUUAUGAGUAUCAAAAUCUACAAGAAUGGGCGCACUCACAACAAAGCAACAAGAAAAAGGUGAUAUACGGCAGCACGGCCUUAAGGACACCAGAGGAAUUUUUGAAAGAGAUUUCAGAUUCAAAAUGA